CUGCUAGGGCUUCUCCUCCCCCUCUCGCCUUCUCGCCUCUCAACAGUCAUCCGCUCCCCGUUUCAAACCCCGCCGCGCGCCGCCAUGGUGAGGCUCAACGCCGACCUGAUAUGGAAGAGCCCGCACUUCUUCAACGCCAUCAAGGAGCGCGAGCUCGACCUGCGAGGCAACAAGAUCGCCGUCAUCGAGAACCUCGGCGCCACCGAGGACCAAUUUGACACGAUUGACUUGUCGGACAAUGAGAUUGUCAAGCUUGAGAACUUCCCUUUCAUGAAUCGCCUUGGCACUCUAUUAGUCAACAAUAACAGAAUCACACGUAUCAAUCCCAAUCUUGGUGAGUUUUUACCGAAGAUGCAUACUUUGGUGCUUACAAACAAUCGUCUUACAAGUCUUGCGGAGAUUGACCCCCUUGCAUCCCUUCCAAAGCUGCAAUUCCUCAGCUUACUGGAUAAUACUGUAACCAAGCAGCCAGACUACCGAUUGUAUGUGAUCCACAAAUUGAAGCAUCUGCGUCUGCUGGACUUCAAUAAAGUGAAACAACAGGAGAGAAUUACAGCAGCACAGAAGUUCCACUCCAAGGAGGCAGAGGAAGCGGCAAAGAAGGUAGCUGCCAAAGCUUAUACUCCAGUACAGGUGGUGGAUGCUCAAGGUACCACAAAGGAGCAGGGUCCAAAAGUAGUUGCUCCAACACCUGAACAAAUCACAGCUAUCAAGGCUGCUAUUGUAAACUCGCAGACACUUGAGGAAGUUGCAAGGCUCGAAAAGGCGUUGAGCACUGGACUAAUUCCUGCUGAAUUUGCGACCCCCAAGCCUGACACUAACAUGGCCGAAGCUUCAGAGGAAGCUGAAAAGAUGGAGACAGAUGGUGAGAAACAAGAGAAUGGAGCCGAUGAGGAGAAGCAAAAUGAAGAAAGCACUCCAAUUCAAGAGGAUUGAUGUCACACACAUCUGUAUCAUCUGUGACCAUUAUAUGAGUUUGGUUGCCAGUUUUCAAGAGGGCGAACCCAACCAACGUCCAAUCUUGCCGAGCACCCUCGCCGAUAGCUCUCCUUGUAUGAAUAUUGCUGUAUCUUGUGGAUGCUAACAACGUUUUUCAGUAAAUGUUACUGUCCUCUGUCGAGGAAAGUAUCAAUUGGGUGCUAUGCACCUUCAAGCGCUGCUAGAUUUGUUGGUUCUGUAGACUGUAGACAACACAUGCUUAUCCUGAAUGUUGCUGGGACUUUUCAUGCAGUGCAUUUGAUAUUUUCUUCACCUAUUUAGGCUCUCUGAUCGUGUCAUGUUCUGAUAGUUGUCUUCUUGAAUCUAUGUCCUAUUGGGUUUAAACUUUUUAAAGGAAA